AUCGGCUCUUUAUGGCCCUGAAAGGUUAAUCUAUAUUUAACUAUAAGAGUUCUCCAUAGCCCCUUUGUGUUUCUCCACCACCCCACCCUCACCCUCACCCUCACCCUCACGCUCUUUCACUAAACUGUUUCUUGAAACAAAGACAUGAAUCUUUUAAGGACCAAUGCUCCUGCUUCAAAUGCAACUAUGCUCUUAUCCCAUGUUGAAAUUAUUGUUGAUUGUAGGAGGAGCUCCUAUGGGUGCUGCUGUUGAUUUCUCCAAAAUUUAUGUAACAAAUAAAUCUGGGUUAAAAUUCUUAGACCGGUCCCCCGACUUCUCAUGGGCCCGGAGGGAUGGAUCAGGAUGUAGACUUAUCUGCAAAAGUUGUACAAUGGUUACAAGUGUUGAGAGGAAUGGAAGAUUAGAAGUGAAAGCUUUUACAGAAGAGCAGGAAGCUCUGGUGGUCAAGUCAUGGAAUUCAAUGAAGAAGAAUGCUGGUGAAUUGGGUCUUAAGUUCUUCCUGAGGAUCUUUGACAUUGCACCAUCAGCAAAGAAGCUGUUCUCAUUCUUGAGAGAUUCAGAUGUACCUGUGGAGCAGAACCCAAAGCUCAAACCCCAUGCUAUGACUGUCUUUGUCAUGACCUGUGAAUCAGCAGUUCAACUUCGGAAGGCUGGCAAAGUCACUGUCAGAGAGUCUAGUUUGAAAGAUAUGGGUGCGACUCAUUUGAAAUACGGUGUUGUUGAUGAACAUUUUGAGGUCACAAAGUAUGCAUUGCUGGAAACAAUAAAAGACGCAGUUCCGGAAAUGUGGUCGCCGGAGAUGAAAAAUGCAUGGGGAGAAGCUUAUGAUCAGUUAGUUGCUGCUAUCAAGAAUGAGAUGAAGCCUUUUUCCCAACUUUCAUAAGAAAAAGUAAUUUGAAAAAAUAGAAAAAUUUAAGACAAUCUUGUUCCUUCUUGCAAAUCUCUAACAUGGAAAUCUGAGUUUUUUCCUUGAUUUUUGUAUAUCUAUCUUUGAUGAUGCUUGACUAGGUAAAAGAAAAUCAAUUAGAAUAGGUGGAGAAAAGUAUCAAUGGUGAUGAUUAUGUUCUGCAAUGUUAUUGUUGUGUAAUGUUACAAUGAUUAUCUAUUUUUACCAUCUUAUUUUACCA